AUGUCAGUAUUUGUAACAGGGGCUACUGGUUUUCUCGGCCAACACGUAGUGAAACAACUACUAGAUAAAGACUAUACAGUUAUUGCAGCUGUGAGAACUGACCAGAAAGGUGAUAACUUAUUAAGAAAGUUUAGUGAUUCACGUUUAUCGUAUGUUACUACUGGGGAUGCUUCGAGGCUAGAUGCAUAUGAAGAUGUGUUCAAAAACCAAGGUAAAAAUAUCAAACAUGUUAUUCAUUGCGCAUUUCCACUAAACCCCGAAGCUACAAACUAUGAAAAAGAUAUUUUAAUACCUGCUAGGGAUUCUAUGAAAUGUCUUUUAGAUUCCAUUAAGAAGUAUGCUAGUGAAUACGUGGAGCAUAUCGUGAUGACUUCUGGGGUUUUGACAAUGAUUGAUCUAUCUAAGAUGAAUGAAAACUCUGUCACAUUUAAUGAAGAUUCAUGGAAUCCAAAUACAUGGGAAAGUUGUCAAUCAGAUUUCUUAAAUGCAAUAGGAGGAGCUAAAAUGUUUGCAGAAAAACAAGGCUGGAAGUUUUAUGAAGAUAACAAAAAUACAACUAAUAUCAAAUUUACCACCAUAAUCCCUUCUUAUAUAUUUGGCCCUCAAACAUUCGAUGAAGAUGUACAAAAAAAUUUGAAUAUUUCUAAUACUGUCAUCAACCAAGCCAUUCAUGCAACUAGAAUUGAAGAUAUAGCUCCACUCACUAGUCAAUGUGUUCAUGUAUCUGAUGUUGCAAAGGCUCAUAUUUUACCUUUAGAAAGUGAAGAGUUGACAGGUAAAAGACUCAUUGUAUCAACCGGUAAUUUCAACGAACAAGACAUCCUUAACUAUUUAAAUGAAGACUUUCCUAUAUUGAAGGGUAAGAUACCAGUUGGUACGCCAAGUAAAGGGAUCGAAAAUCGUUCAAUCGGUGCUGUUAUAGAUAAUUCUAGAACUUUAUCUCUAUUAGGCUUCCCAUUAAAGUCCUUGCGUGAUUGUGUUGAUGAUACAACCGUGCAAGUAUUGAAACAUGAAGGUAGAUUGUAA